AUGACAUCGCAACUCCUUGCGCUCGCAAAACCCGAAAUCCUCGCGUCUGCACAGGCGGACCUCUUUUCACAAGGGGAUAUAGAGACACAGCAGAAGGUGCUCGCCGAUUAUCUCAAGCAGCUCGGCGGAGAAGAAGAGGAAGAGGCAGUCUUCUCGGACGACGAAAAUGGCUCUGCCGACUAG